CUGUGAUUGGCUGCCAUCGUUGCGUUGUGACGUUGCUCAGAACCUCCAGCAGCUCGUGCGACGUGCUAGUGACUACAGAAGGCCCAGUGUGUGUUUCAGACGAUGCUAGUAGGAGUUGCGCAUAAACACCCAGCCUUUUAUCAGUAUUAAUCACUUGCGUGUCAGGAUGAUUAUAGAUAAUGUUGACGCUCUGAAAUCCUGGCUGGCUAAACUUCUUGAACCCAUAUGUGAUGCUGACCCGUCUGCUUUGGCAAACUACGUUGUGGCGUUAGUAAAGAAGGAUAAACCAGAGAAAGAACUCCGAGCAUUGUGUGCGGAUCAGUUGGAUGUUUUCCUUCAGAAAGAGACUACAGGGUUCGUCGAUAAACUCUUUGAAUGCCUAACCACCAAAAAUUAUUUGGGAAAUCCAGCUGCUAAAGAAGAGAGUAAAAUCCCAGUGCAGAAGCUUGAGGAGAAGGAAGAGCCUAGUCAUGUUGAAGAUGAUAGGGAUAACAGAAGAAGAAGAAGCCCUUUAAGGAAUCGUUCAGAUUUAAACGAAUCAAGGGCUAGAGAUGACCGCAGGAGAGACGACCGUAAGCGACGGGAACUGGACCGUCAUGGAAAGAGUGGAGAAUCGUACCGAGACCGACAUGAGCGACGAGGAGGAAGCUCACGAGGGAGAAGCUACAGUCGAAGCAGGAGUCGUAGCCGCAGUGGUAGCCGUGGAAAGAGCCGAGAAAGAGAGCACAAUCAGAGGAGAGGUGAGGACCAUGAUAAAUUUUUGAGGGGGAGGGGGGGGACAGAGAGUUUUAAAACAUAUUCUGUGCACAUGUGUGUAACACACAACAAGAGGACCCAUCCACCCCCCCUGCUCCCUCUGCCCCUUCCUCAGCACCAGUUCCACUCUUCAGGGAGCCCAGUCGUCCCCAACGCCGUAACCGUGGUAGCACCGGCUCACCUGCCCGACAGCACUACAGAGAGCUGGUCCACAUACUUCACCAAACAUACAGACGGCAAGACGUUCAACAAGAGCAGCACGCUUAAACAUCGCUGCAGAGACUACGACGAGAAAGGAUUUUGUAUACGAGGCGAUCUCUGUCCUUUUGACCACGGUAAUGACCCUCUGAUCGUGGAUGACGUCACACUUCCUACCAUGAUCCCGUUUCCACCCCCACCAGGCCUGCCACGGAUGCCCAUGCCGCCAAUGACAGAACCUCCUCCUCGCAUGCCCAUGCCGCUGCCCCCUCCCCACGGACAGCCUCCGCCUCCAGGCAUCUACCCCAUGCCAGGGCCUCCUCUAAUCCCAGCUACUGGGAUAGACACUCAACCCCACUCCAGAACCAGCACCUCUUCCCCUUUGGCCCUGCCUGGAGUGGGACCUCCUCCUCCUCCUCCUCCUCCACCACCACCUCCUUCCUCAUCUUCCUCCUCUUCUGCCUCUCUUCACCCUCAGUACACUCUCUCUGAAUACAGCUAUGACCCUGACGCCUAUAACCCAGAGUCUCCGGGACUGACCGGGCCAGGCAGAGCUCAGUACCACCAUUUUAUCCCUCGCAUCCAGACACAGAGACCCAAUCUCAUCGGCCUCACCGCUGGUGAUGGUCAAAACUCACGAGCGGCUAACAUAGUAAUCCAGACAGAGCCAGCUGUCACGAGUGUGUCGAGCGGAGAGGUGAGGUUCAGCUCUGAGCAGGACAACAGGAAGAGAUGUUUGCCAUCUACAGAUGGACCACAGGCCAAAAAACCCUGGAUGGACAAGCAAAAUUUCAAUAACCAAAAUAAACCCACCUUCCCGAAAAAGAACUAUUACGUCAACACCAAACUAGAGGUCCGGAAAAUCCCCCGGGAGCUCAACAACAUCACCAAACUCAAUGAGCACUUCAGCAAGUUUGGGACAAUAGUCAACAUCCAGGUGGUGUUUGGGGGCGACCCUGAGGCGGCACUGAUCCAGUAUACAGCUAAUGAUGAGGCUCGGAGGGCCAUCUCCAGCACCGAAGCUGUUCUGAAUAACCGCUUCAUCAGAGUGUACUGGCAUCGAGAGGCCACAUCUAACACACAGGAACAGGGACCCAGUCAGAGCACAAACCCCGGACACCAACAUCCCACAACUCACAAGGUCAUUAAUAAGCAGCACACUGCAGGAUCUUAUGUGCUGAAUAAAACCUUCCCUAAACAGCAGACUGCCACAGGAGCCGCGGGCGGGACGGGUAGGGUAGGAAGGGCUGAACUUACCAGCCCAAGCCAGGAACCUUCAGUGGGUUUGACGCCACCUUCAAGUUUACAAAAGGGUCCGUUCUUGCGCACAGUGUUGAAAACUGCAUACAAAUCAUUGGGAAAAACGGGCAAAGCACUGGAAGCUCAGGAGGUUUUGAAAAAGAAGCAUGAGGCAUUGAAACUGCAGCAAGACAUGAGGAAGAAGAAACAAGAAAUGCUUGAAAAACAGAUUGAAUGUCAGAAGGUGCUGAUAAACCGCCUGGAAAAGAACAGAGGGAUGAAGCCAGAGGAGAGAGCCAACAUCAUGAAGACUCUCAAAGAACUGACAGAAAAGAUCUCUCAGCUGAAGAAUGAGAUCAGCCCGACCUCACAAUCUGCUGCCAACACCACACAAACAAAGUCAAAAACAGAUGCACAGAAAGAGUUGCUUGACGCGGAGUUGGACUUCCAUAAGAAGCUGACGUCAGGAGAAGACACCACAGACCUGAAGAGGAGGUUGGGUCAGUUGCAGGUGGAGGCAACACGGCUGGGACUGAUCACGGCUGGGCGGGGCAAGCCACCAGCAGCACCGAGUCGAGGCAGAGGGAGGGGCCGAGGGCGGAGCCUAAGAGGGCGAGGAGGAGGCAAUCACAUGGUAGUAGACCACCGGCCUCGAGCCCUCACUAUUAUUGGCGUCACGCAGGAAGAGAAGGAGGAGCUCAUGCCUCAUUUUGUGAAAUUUGGCGAGAUCGAGGAGCGGUUGUCCGUUGAAGACACAGGUCGUGACCAUGAUGCUGACUGCUAACCCAGUGUUGUGAUGACCUUCAAAAGUCGUAGAGAAGCAUGGGACGCUGCAAACCAAGGGGCGAAGUUCAAAGGUCGAAUUCUACAGAUCUCGUGGUACAAACCUAAAACUCCAUCUGUGUCCACUGAACCGGAAGAGGAGGAGUCAAAGGAAGAGGUCAACGCUGCAGGAAUUCAUGUAAUGACGGAUCCAGUCAGCCCCUUUCUGCUUCCAGAGGAAGAGGAAGAUGAAGAAGAUGAUGAUGAUGAAUAUGAGAGCCGCUCAUGGAGGCGAUGAGGAAGGGGAAACGGCACCGCUUUUUGUUCAAGGACUCUCAUUUUUAGUUUCUGUUUGUGAAUUCUAAUUUAAGUAUAUUUGAUUGAAUAAGACAAAGUGUCUUUUUUAGGAUGGUUUUCAGUAUUUUGAGAGGUGGAAAAAAAUGAAGUCUAACGGCAUUCUCCGUACACGAGAAUAUAAGAGAAUGUGAGACGUCUGUGUGGACUUGCAGUGUUUCUGUCACUCUGAAAUCUCUGCAUUAUAUAUCAAACUCUCACUUUUGCUGAGAUUGAUUGCAAAAUGUUUCAACUAGGAAACAUUUUGUUUCACUGUGCAUGACCAGAUAUCAGUAACUCACAACAUUUGUGACUACUGUGAAUUAUUAUUAUUUUUAUUUUUUUUAUACCUAAAUGGUUUUGCCCAAUUUUCCAUUUCAGUGUAUGAUUUAUCAUGAAACUUCAUCUGCACUUUGUGCCACUUUGGCCUGUGGUAGACAUUCUCCCAAUGGACGCACUCAUUUGGUAUUGUUCCCAUUAAACGCAUCACUUUCCAAACAAUAUGCCCUAAUGAUGUCAAACCCUUUCAAAACACUUUUGUAUCUGCUUUCUAAAGUUUGGGCAAUAUAUAUCCCCAGAUGGAUUAUUUUUCCUCCUCCUCAAGAUUAAUGUGCCACUUCCUGUAAAUAUAGACUCUAUAGAAGCUAUAUGUGGCAUAGCUCAUUUUUGGUCAGUGUGUCUGACUGUUCAUAUUUAUUUCGUACAUGUAGGUGAUGUUCCAAAACCAAAAAGAGUUUGGAUGAGGGUCAGAGAAAAUUAUUAUUGUUAAUUGAGGUAACAUAUGAACAGAGGUGUUGUGAAUGUAUUCAGAAUUGAUUUACACUUCAUUUACGCCUUAUAUCGUCAGUGUGCAGCUGACGUUUUAUGAGAUUUGUAUUAUUAUUUUUUUUGUUUUUGUGUGUGUGUGUGUGUAUUUUGUAAAUGGUUGCAGUAGUAAUGACUGUUCUCUUCAUUAUUUUAGCUAUUAGAAUGAAUGAAUCCCUGAACGAAUCACAUUCAUGACUCUUAGAGGCUGAUUUAAGAGGCCGUAUGACUUAAACUAAACAUCAGGGUUUUUUUUCUCCUCUUUGAAACACAAUCUUAUAUAAUUACACCAUACUUUGAAGAAGAAUUAUUAUUGGUUUUUUUGACACUCCACUCGUUUCAAAAGCCUGGUCCACCAGAAAUGGGUCAAAAACAUACCAUUUCUGUACCUUAAAUUUUAUCCAAUAGCAUGCUGGCAUCUGUAUGCGUGUUCAUUUGGGGGAAAAAAGAAAAUAUAUGUACGGAUGUAUAUUUUUUUAAUAAUCAUAUUUACAUAGUUUGCUAAAACAAUUAAGAUAUAAGUUUAUAGUUCCUUUUGAUGAAGGACCAGUGUAAAACUUUGAAUCUUUAUUAUAUAUACUGUUGAUGUGACAUUUAAUAGCACGUUACUAUGCCGUUUGAAUCCAAACAUUCAAUGAUAUACCUGUUUGCCCCAUUCUUUCAGAUCGAUUACAUAUUGUUCUCAAUCUCCAUGAUGGCUCCGUUUCUCAGUAACUCAUAUAAGGUCUGGCAGGUCUUAAUGUUGGUUUUGUACAUGAGUCUAGUAGAAGGACUCAGGACUGUGUGAAUUUAGAGAGUGGACUUUGAUCAUUUGUAAAACAUUUUUACUACACCACAUUAGUACAAUGUCAUACAUCUAGCAUAAAUAGAUUUUGAUUACUGUUUGUAAAUUGAAAAAUCUAUGGAUGUUUUUUUUUCAGUUCUUUGUUUGUAAAAUGGAUUUCUAACAGCUGCAUGUUUGCUAAUCAAUAAAGAUACUGGAAUGGGGUGAGCAAGAGGAAUAGAAAGAAAAAAAAGAGAUCCAAUUGGCCUAAAAUAAAACAAUUUGCAACAAACCAACAAAAAAAGAAAAGACAAGAAAAGAAAAAGAGAGAAAAAAAAUGAGAACGAUUCCAUGAUCCAUUCCAAGAAUUAUUCCCCUCUGAAA